AUGCGUAGUAGUUUAAUAAUCCUGUUAUGUCUAGUUAUUGUUAUGGUCAAUGCAGCAAGUACAACGACCACUCGUCGUCGUCGUGUAGCAAACGCCACACGACCCAGUACAACUAAGGCAUCGGUACCAAAAUCGGUCUACGCUUAUUUACGUUCCGUACGUGGGAAAAAUUCUUGUGCUCAAGGAUCAUGUCCGUUUUGGGAACGACAUGGACGCUCAUUCGCCGCACUUCGAUGUUAUGCACAACAAUAUCGCGAGUGUACAUGUCUUCAUCGCAUGUGUUUUAGUUCGUGUAUGUUUACGCGUCAAGUUUGUAAUCAAGAAAUGGUUGCAUGUUUACGACAAAUUUGUCCACGGUGCAUGCCAGCAUCAGCAUCGGCUAUGUGUGCUGUCUAUGAUUCAAUGGCUGAACGAGUAGCUGAAGCACUUUCAGUCUUUGCUUGUUAUCCAUGCUGUCCAAUAAUUAACUCAGGAACAAACAACAAUACAAAUAUAAAUUCUAUCAUAAUUACAACGAAUACAGUACCUGCAGCUUCAACAGCAUUGCCGUUCAAUGGAUUCAAUGGUCAAAUGGUGACCGACCCAUCUGGUUUAAAUAAUUUUGAUGACGGUGAAAAUUUUGGCAAUGAAGAUCCAUCUGGUACAGGUGAAGAGAUUAAUUCAGGCAUGAAUUCAAAUAUUAACUAUUUCCCAGGGAACAACGGAAAUAACGGAGUCUCGAAUACUGGAAAUGCUGCGUCAAAUGGAAACUUUAAUAACUUUCCUGGUAACAAUGGUGGUUCGAAUGGAAACUCAAACGGUUUCCCUGCUAAUAAUGGCGGUUCAAAUGGAAAUUUCAAUAACUUUCCUGGUAACAACGGUGGCUUGAAUGGAAACUUUAACAACUUCCCAGUUAAUAAUGGUGGUUCAAAUGGAAAUUUCAAUAACUUCCCAGGUAACAAUGGUGGUUCGAAUGGAAAUUCAAACGGUUUCCCUGCUAAUAAUGGCGGUUCAAAUGGAAACUUAAAUGGCUUCCCAGCUAACAAUGGUGGAUUGAAUGGAAACUUUAAAAAAUUCCCAGCUAAAAAUGGAGGUUCAAAUGGAAAAUUCAAAAAAUUACCAACUAACAAUGGUGGUUUGAAUGGAAACUUUAACGGCUUCCCAGCUAACAAUGGUGCUUCAAAUGGAAACUUGAAUACUUUACCAAGUAACAACGGUGGCUCGAAUGGAAACUUUAACGGUUUCCCAUCUAACAAUGAUGUUUCAAAUGGAAAUUUGAAUACCUUCCCAUCUAACAAUGGUGUUUCCAAUGGAAAUUUAAAUUCUCUACCCAGUAACAAUGGUGCUUCGAAUGGAAACUUGAAUUCUUUACCAAGUAACAACGGUGGCUCGAAUGGAAACUUUAACGGUUUCCCAUCGAACAAUGAUGUUUCAAAUGGAAAUUUGAAUACCUUCCCAUCUAACAAUGGUGCUUCUAACGGAAACUUGAAUUCUCUACCUAGCAACAAUGGUGCUUCGAAUGGAAACUUGAAUUCUUUACUAACUAACAAUGGUGCUGCUAAUGGAAUAGUUAACAGCAAUUCAAACAGCAAUGGUAACAGCAACUCAAAUGCCAAUAGUAAUGCUGCUUCGACUGGAAAUGGAAACCAUGCUACAAACUGCAUUGGUAAUGCAGUUGUCGGAAUCUGCGACACAAUUAGCAGUUACCCUGGUGCUGUGUUUCCAGGUACUGAUCUCUUCUUCAACAACAACCUUCCUAGCCGUAAUCAACAAACUGUUAAACAACGAGUGCGACAAACUCUACGUACAACAAAACGCCAGCCAACAGCUACUCGUCGAACACCAGCUACUGAACGUCCAAGCAAUCAAGCAAAUGCUACUGUUCGAGCUAAUAAAGUCAAUAGUGGCGUUCGUAAACCGGUGCAAACUCAAAAGAAACCUCAAACAAAUAAUCUUAUCAAAAGUUAA